AUGUCUCCAGUAGAAAUCUCAGAUGCCUUCCCAACUGACGUCAAGUUGAAGUACAUCCCUUACUCCAAGGAACACACAGAUAUCUCCGCAUGUGGUAACCCAGUUAUCUACGACUUGGCUAAGGAAUUGCCAGGUAAGAAGAUUAUCAUUACCGCAGCUCCAGGUGCCUUUACUCCAACAUGUACCGAACAACACAUUCCAGGUUACAUCAAGGAUGCAGAGAAAUUCAAGGCCAAGGGUGUUGAUAAGAUAAUUGUUCUUACCACUAACGAUCCAUUCGUUAACGCUGCUUGGGGUAAGGCUUUAGGUUACACCAAUGAAGAAAAUUUCAUUAUUUUCGCAACUGAUCCAAAUGGUGCACUCUCCACCGAGUUGGGUGACAACUACCUUGUAGACUUGAGCAAAGUCGGCUUUGGUUUAAGAACUAAUAGAUACGCCGCCAUUGUUGAUAAUGGUAAGGUUACAUUCUUAGAAAAUGAAGACGAAGGUGGAUUUUCAGAUAUUACCAAGGCUGACUCUCUUCUUGGAAGGUUAUAG